GCCGCCAGCUCGGGAGCCAGUCAUGGUGGCUGCAGUGGUGGCGGUGUGGCUGCUCCUGUCGGCCGCGGCCUGCGCGCAGCGGGAGCAGGACUUCUACGACUUCAAGGCGGUCAACAUCCGGGGCAAGUUGGUGUCACUGGAGAAGUACCGAGGCUCGGUGUCCCUGGUGGUGAACGUGGCUAGCGAGUGCGGCUUCACAGACCAGCACUACCGAGCCUUGCAGCAGCUGCAGCGGGACCUGGGGCCCCACCACUUCAAUGUGCUUGCCUUCCCCUGCAACCAGUUCGGCCAGCAGGAGCCCGAUACCAACAAGGAGAUCGAGAGCUUCGCCCGCCGCACCUACAGUGUUUCUUUUCCCAUGUUUAGCAAGGUCGCAGUCACAGGCACUGGUGCCCACCCUGCCUUCAAGUACCUGAUCCAGACUUCUGGGAAGGAGCCCACCUGGAACUUCUGGAAGUAUCUAGUGGCCCCAGAUGGAAAGGUAGUAGGGGCUUGGGACCCAACUGUGUCGGUGGAAGAGAUCAGGCCCCAGAUCAUAGCACUCGUGAGGAAACUCAUCCUGAAGAAGCGAGAAGACUUAUAACCACUUUCUCUCCUCUCCCACUGUCCCACCCCAACCCCCCAUCCUCCACCUUGAAUGGGUGACCAAAGCAAACUCAGUGGUGCUCAGUGGUGCUUGGAGGGAGGGCCUAUGGACUCUCUUUCCUACAUUUUUAUCCCACCUACCCUAUCACUCCUAUGGGGGAAAAUUUCUAGUAUUUUGAUUAUUUGAGUCUUAGAACAACCUAUAGGAACUCUUGGCCAAUGAUAGCUCUUGACCAAUGAAUCACCAGCCAGUAAGAACCUCUAGCCCAUGAAAGCAUGUGGCAAAUAGAAGUAUAUCAAGCAAUAAUCUCCUGCCUACUAAGAACUCUGUAAAAUGGGACCAAUUCCUACCUCACAGGGCUGUUGUGAG